AUGGAUUUGACUAUUUCAUCUCUUUUAAGAAAUUGCAGAGGUCAUCAGCUUUUACUAGAUCGUGGAUGCUAUAGCGAUCGAACCUGCAGAAGAACGACAUUCCUUAACAAACUCGCCCCAGCAUUGCUGCUCUGCAUGGUGGUCACGGUCACCGUGGCGGAAUCCACCAUCACAUGUGGCCAGGUCACGCAGUCGGCGUCCCCUUGUGUUCCCUAUGCUCAGGGCGCCGGGGUUGCCCCAACGGCAGCCUGCUGCUCGGGAAUCCAGUCAUUGAAUGACGCCACCAAAACCACACCCGACCACCAAACUGCCUGCAAGUGCCUAAAGGCAAUCGCCGGUAGCAUAUCCGGUAUCAAUUAUGGCCUUUCUGGUAUCAAGCUGCCCGGCAAGUGUGGUGUCAGGGUUCCAUACAAGAUCUGCCCGUCAACCGACUGCAGCAGAGUGAAGUGAAGAAUAUCAGUCAGAGCGUAAAAAAUGCUGCAUUUAGUACGACAGCGUGGUUCUAUCAGUAAAAGAGGCUUCUUUCUAUAUAGAGAGGCAUGCAUGUCUUAUCUUCCAGAUUCUGUUUCAACUCGAGUCGACUACUUGUCGGACUCUCUGCUGUAAAAGAACCCACGGUAUCAACAGAUUUUUAGAAUAUAAACUCGCGAUUGACUUACAUGUAUGGUGUCUAGAAGGAGAAUUUGUGAAUUGAGGCACAGCCAUUCGGUUCCCCUGCAGUCCAUCAAAUAUAGCUAUACUUGCUUAUGUGCUCAUGUCAAUGACUCAAAACAAACAUCUUGUUUCAGUUUCGAUUUAGAUUUUCUGAGAAAAAUAAAAAUCGAAGUGGGUAUCACGGCACCUCUACCCCCACGUUCCAUCAGCUGCUCUGCUCGAUGGCUGCUUCUACGCACCUCAAUCGCUGUGCCUCUAUUCUCAUUUCUGAUCAUAAGUUGGCCCCUGGAGUCGAUGUGUCACUGGCCAAUGACGAAGGAGAUAUCAAAACAGCCAAGCAUUCGGCCUCAUUCAUUGGCCUAAUCCAUUCCUCAAUUUUGAUCACAGAACCCAGCAACUGAGAAACAAUUUUUGUACUGAUAGGCCGAGGGCUGUGUUCGUCCCAGAAGCUAGAAAGAUCUCGACGCACUGGCUCCCCAUUCAUAUUGUUCUGCACUUCUUUUUUAACGACAAAGGAUGAACGGCUGACCGAUUAGCAAGGAUCCAGCAUUGUUCAGAUUUCAGCCAAAAAUAGGAUGUCCUACAAGCCAU